ACAUAAAAUAAAAUGAAUGAGUCAGUAAUAAUAAUGGGUGUGGCCGCAGUUAUGUCUGCGGUUUUUUUUGGUUUACUUGCUUACAACUUAAGAACCUUAAUUACGGAUAUGGAUUUAUCAAAUUUAUCAAUGCUGCGUGAUAAUAGCUCUCUCGAAGAAGAUUUCAGAGACAUAUUGGGAUUCCUUCCACUCGUCGAGAUCCAAAUGAUUAUCGAGAAUUACGUUCAAUACGAUCCCCAAUUAAACGAGACGGUGAAUUUUAUCAAUGAUCAAAAACGAUUCAUUUUAUCGGAAUUGGAAUGUUUACCGCAAGUAUGUAAUUUUAUUAACAUGCUAAAGGAAAAUGGAUUAGACGUUGAUUAUUGGAAUGAGAUAGUCGAAAGAUUUUGGAAAACCAUGCCACCAUUUGUUGUGCCAGAUGAGUGCAUUGCUACCGGUGGUUUAACCGGUAUGAUAAGCCGAAUAUUAAAGAUUAUACCGAGAAACGAAUUGCAUAUUUUACUUCGACAGAAAUUAAGAUAUUCGAAAAGUUUCGGUAAACUAAUAAACUAUUUGAGAUCUCGAUCGUUCGGUGAUCUUUGCAAUUCGAUGGAAGAUAACGCUGGACUUCAACGGCAUUUUUAUUGGGCGAAGGAAUCUGGCCUUGAAAUUGUCUUUGCAAUCGAAUUCGUUAGAAAUCUUUACUUUUAUCUUACCGAAGAGCUUGAAUGAAUAAUUAAAAGAAUGGAAGAAAGAAAGAUAGAAAAAGUUACCAUUCUAACGCGAUGAAAGAUAACAUUUUGGACUUCAAUGACGAUUUUUUAUUGAGAUGAAGGAAUCUGUCUUGAAAUCUUGAAAUCAUCUACACAAUCAAAUUUUUGAAAAACUUUAUAUUGAACGUUAUUGAA